AUGGAUGAUUUGGAACUUCGAUUAUCAGAGCUGAUAACUACGGCUAGUGACUACUCCCUUCCGUCACAAGUGGAUCAAUGCAAAUUAAAAGAAUUUUUCAAAUUAUUGGUUAAUAAUAAAGAUAUGCCAGAUAUACUUUCUAUUGAAACUCUACCUAAAAUGAUAGUGAAAUUUAUGGACUAUUGUGAAGAUGAUUUCCUCUUAGAGACAGUGGUACAAGAGUCUUUCUUUUGGACAAUUCUAAUAGCCACUUGUUCCAGAGUAAGUCUAGUUGAGAUGAAUUUUGUGAUGAAAAAACUUUUUACAAUAUGUCUAGAUGAUCAGACGAGGCAUAAAAAACAUUUGGUAACAAUUAUGAGAAGUCUUUAUGUAAAUCCUAUUUUUGUGCAGACUUAUACAAAAUAUGUCUUACAGAGUGCUGAGAAUCUGUCUGAAACCAAACUAGCUUUAGAAAUUUUUUCUCUACAUUUUGAAUGUUUGUCAUCAUUAUCAUUCGAAGAUUUAAGUCUCACUGUUGCAAUUAUAAUGAGAAAUUUUAUAAAUUUGAAUGAAUUAAGAGAAUUUUUUUCUAAUUUAAUAGAUAAUGAUGAUGUAUCAGAUACCUUGUUCAAAAGUUUUACUGGUAUAAAAUAUGGGAAGACUGGUAUUUUAUCAAGAUAUUCGUUGCAGGAGUAUGAGGGUCCCUUGAAAGACCGCUAUUUUAACGCUUUAAAAGAGGUUUCUGCGUUAUCUUCUAUCACUAAUAAUAAUUUUACUGAAGAAACUAAGAUGCUACAAGAUGAAAAAAAGAUUACCCUUUUACAAGCGUAUGAUGCCGUUAACUUUCUUGAAAACUCUAAUUUAUCAUUUAAAAAAACAUAUAGUGAACAGUUAUUAUUCGGCAUAUCUCCAUUUCCUUUAUCUAAAGCUCUAGUUCGUGUAUCGAUUGCAUUAGAUAACUACAGCACAAAUCUACGGCUAACUGAUUCAGCAGAAAAAUUUAUUAUAUUUUUAUUAAUUAACAAUGCCUCUAUUUAUUACAUAAUAAUGGAAAGAAUUCUCAAUAUGUGGGCAGAAUCAGAUGCAAAAACUGGCAAUGACUUAGAAUCAUUGCUAGAUUUGAUUCCUAUAAUAAUUGAUAAAUCAAUGACACCCCACAAUUUUACAUAUGGGUGCAAUUUUUUCAAAACUAGAUUAAAAACUCUUGAGAAUAUAUCAUAUAAGGUUGCACGAAAUUGGCAGCUUGAUACCCUUAGACAGAAGCAUUACAGUAAAUGGUCGGGACGAGUAAUAGAGUUUGAUGCAAUGUUAACAACUCAAGUUUAUGAAUAUGUGCGUCAUCAACGAUUAUUACAAUUACAAAACGGUUCUUGGGUAUAUGCCGAAAAUCCAUUGGCUCCAGAUGUACAGUAUCCUAGGGUAGCAUUCAUAGUGUUAUCAGCAAACCAAAAUAAUAUUUUAUUAAGAGAAUUCGAUAUUAGGCCUGAAGAAUUACCCCAGAUUGGUGAUAAUCGCAUUACAUUAUCAUCUGAUAAAAAUCUGAAUUUUUCAAAGUCUCAGACUAAGGUAGUUCGAUUAAGCGAUAUUUUUUAUUUUGAAGGAAAUCAAAUUACUAUUGGUAACAACGUACCAGAUGAUUUUAAAAUGGUUAAUCUAAUUCAGAAAAGUGUAUAUGUGGAAAUUAAUUUAUCAGAUAGAAAUCAUAAUGUAUUAUUAAACUUAUAUUUUGAUACUAAAGAAACUACAUAUGUUUGGUUAGAUGGCCUCCGAUUAAUUUCAUCGCUUGAAAAGCAUAAAGAUUCAAUAUCUCAGAGCACUAAAGAACAAAUUGAAACAUUAGUGGAUGUGCGAAAAAAUGUUCAGCUUAUUAAUCUUAGUGUGGAUUAUGAUAUUGAUUUGUCAGUUGAUGAUUCAGAGUCUGAGAGUGAUGAAGAUAUAUAUAAUCUUGAUCAUCUAAAAAACAUCGCUUCGAACUUUUACUAUGAUUGA